AUGACAGUGCUGAGCUACGAGACGAAGCACACGACGCGGUUCCACCUUGUGCUGCGAAGCCCCUGGCCGGCCUUCCGAAUGUUGGACCUCCUGGCCCGACUCAUUCCAGAGACGCUUGGCACAGCCUUACGUUCUAUCGCGGCUGCAACUUGUGAGACGGGCCUGGUCCAAUUGUCCGGAAUUGUCCAGAAACAUGCUGCGCUCUCCUCAGGUGAUCCAGACGUCUUUGACUGGCCGCAGUUCAAGAAGCUGCUGUCCGAAGCUGUGAAGGGCUCAGUUUGCGUCCUUUCGACGAGCACGCAAUAUGCCCAAGAAAUGGAGGCAUUCAGGGUCGAUGAGCUGGUGUCCGACGAGUCUGUGUUCGACUUGAGGCCAUCGGACGGCCCGCUAUCCAAGCAGUACUCGGCGCGCUGGCUGCGGAUCCAUUCUUUGCCGGCGAUGAAGGAAGUUGUGUAUUUCUCGCACGACGUCUUCGACGCAUAUCGGCAACACCACUACAAAGCUGGCUGCCAUUUGGGGGUGAUCUCCUGCUAUAUACUCCAGAUAUUCGUGGUACUCCUUCGCGACAUAGAAGGUCGGCUGCAUAAGCAGGUGGCCAGCGUCGCACAGCUGGUAAAUAUUUAUGGGCCCGUGCAACAGGCCGCCAAGACAGACUGGCCCGUUUUUCGGCUCUUGCACUUCGCCAGCUUGUUACAGCGCGCUCAUCCACAUGAAGUUUGGAAGAGCAGCCGGGAUACCGAACAUGCAGCUGUGAAGGAUGCCGCGGCCGCACUUGUGGCGAAAGUGGAGACAGCUGUUCGAGCCAUAGCGGAAAGGCAUACUGCACAAAUCUCGUUUCUGACAUCCGCUUGGGGGUGGAUGUCGAAGUUUUUGGCUGCUUGGCAGGAUGUCUAUUUUUGGUCUAGUGUUUCGACGGAGUCUGACGUGGUGUUGAAGCGCUGGUGGGCAGUGUCUAAGACAUCUCCACUGACAGUGCUCUGCCGAGAUCUUUUAGCAUUAAGAAACUGCAAGACUUCGCAGAAGUUUAACGACCGGCCAAUGGUUCAGUGCAUCGAUGCGCCUCAGCGUCUGGGCGUUGAGACCAUGGUUGCAAAGUACCUCGCCAUGGCCUCCACAGCGAGGUCGGGCGUGCGCGCCGUAUGGCUUGACUUGGAUGUAUAUGUUGUUUCUGAUCCGACUUUCCUGGUGGAGGCUGAGCUAGCAAAACAGCCAUCAGCUAGCCUUUUCUUUUCGCGGCACAUACUUUCGGAGUCUGUGACUCCUGCAGUUGUGAUCGCGCGGCCGAAUCCUGAAGCAGUUUCACUGCUAAUGGGGUUUGCAAGCUGGCUUCGAGAGAAUCCGUACCUCCUGGACCACAAAGCAUGGGACCAGUUUUUGACCAACAACAAGGGUGACUUCGCUGGCCUCUUCGAUUACAAAGGCAGGAACACGACAGGGCCUGAGGUUGAAGGCCCCACGCACACCUUUCUUCCGCCUGUAGGCCUGGCCCCGGCCAAAAGUAACUGGACCUUCAUAAGCAGCGGCUUCGCAAGUGGAGAUGGCUGGUUGGGUCUGGAGAAGGACCUGGUGCUUUUUCACUUCUGGGGGACUGCAGAAUCUCCAGAGGAAUUGUUUCAUGCCUUCUACAACGAGACGAAGGAGGCGAAGAAAGUGAAUGCCCAAGCCUUGGGUUCCAAGGCCACGCAGGUACUGCAGAGCUAUUGGCGUGAACCCGUGUCAGCACCUCUUGUGUCUGUCUUACUGAAGAAAGAGCCCCUGUACUUGGCGGCCAUCAGCUACGCCCAUGGCUGCUGUCGAAAGUCGCUGAAACGGAAUAGAGAUCAGGCACUCAAACAUGGCGUGGACCAAGCCAGGUCAUAUGGGAAGCAACACCUGGGUCCUGAUUGGCUAUCUGCAAACGACAAAGUCUUGUCGCAGAAGAGGGGAGCUGGAUGGUGGCUUUGGAAGCCCUACGUCAUCCUGAAGACGCUCAAGGACAACCCAAUUUUGGACCCCAUGUCCCAUCUCGGCCAAUCGAGCUCCUGCAGUGGUGGCUGCUCGGUAGUUGCUUUCAGGCAGUGUUUGGAGAAGCAACCUGGGCAGGACCCGGCAAUUCCUUGGGAGAGAGGCGUGGUGCUGUGGAUCGAUGCUGGAAACUAUUUGCACCACGGCUGCGUGCAGUCCAGCAGUCUUGUUGUCAUGCAUGCAAAUCCAAGACCUUUCCUGGCCGCAGCCUUGGAGGAGUCCGACGUUGUGGCUCUGCGCCUCAAGCAGUGCCUGGAAGUGGACUGGACCAGCAAGCUGACGCUAGAGCAAAUGUAUGCACUGACGGAUCGGCCCCAGCUCGGCGCAUACUUCUUGGCCUUCAGAAAGACCAAGGCAGUCGUGGCUUUUGUUGAGAAGUGGCUGAAGCUGUCGGAGGAUCCAGAUACACUUCUUGGCCUGGCCGUGCGCAACUUCCACCAGGGAGGAGAAACCGGCACCUUGACCAGCGACAUAGUGGAUGACGAGGCCUUCACGUACAUUCAGACUGAGCAGGACACCUUUCUCUCUAAACGCAUGGGCAUGUACUUCGCAAAGCUACAGCUAGCGUCACACGUCCGAGCCCCGGAUGAUCUGAUCCUGUUGUGCCUAAUUGGCUUCUUGACUUGCGACACCAGCGCCGACUCCAGGGUGGUCACGUUGGAUCGCUGGCGCGAGUUGAAGUGCGCCUCCCCUGCCGGAGCUCUGAGGAUGCGGUAUGCCGCGGACCAGGCGGUGAAACGAGGGGCCUCGCCUGAGCAGGCCGGCACGGUUUAUGCCAAGUUCAUACGUUCAUGA